AUGGCAGUUGAGAAGGCUAAAAACCAUCGAGGAUCGCAAUCUCCUCCAGAUUUUCAGCCCUUGGUCCAUCCUUCGGCAUUCAACGAGGGACUUGCACCACAUUUCAUGCACCACUGGUCAUACGAUAGUCAACCGAGUUUUGUGCCUGACCCGCAUGGUCAUCCAGGUUUUAUACCAGGUUAUGAGGAUGCUAGAAAUGAAAUGCAGCUCAAUCCUGGCAAUACAGAUUAUUAUUACAACUAUGCGAAUGUUGGUGUCGAAUACCCUGGAUUUUUGGAUUACGAAGAGCAUCAAAAUCCUGGAAAUAUUGAGCUUUACCAUCAUCGCAACUGGGAACAUUCUGGAUUCCACUCAUUUGAUAACAGUUGGCCAGCCAGUCCUGGAAUUUCGUAUGACAAUCUCAAUGCCAGGAUGGGAAAUACUGAACAUUUGGCGAUUCAAAGAUGGAAUCAAAACGCCGCGGGAAGAAACUAUGGCAGGAACAGGAAUUACUCGGGAUUCCAGAAUCCCAAUUCAGGGACAUCAAUCCGUAAAAAUGGUAGAUUCCCGUCUAAUGGUUAUCGGAAAAAUGGAAAGGCAAAAGCUUCCAAAGCUGCUUCAUAUAAUAAAGUUCCGAUGCUCAACCAAGAACAUGUCAAAACCGCCAAUUCAAUAGAAUAUGGUCGCGCCAGUAAAGAGCCACCUAAAACUACCUCGAGCGAUGGCGGAUAUUCAUCUUCCUCGCAGGAAACAGGUAAUCAGGAUACCGACUUUUCAUCGGGAAAUCCUCCGAUUCUUCGAAAUCCAGGAAAAAACUAUGGCCCAAAAAACGGGCAAGGUUGGAACACUUUGCUUCCCGAAAAACCUCAAACUUCAUCAGUAUCGCCGCCUCAAGUAGGCCGGAGUCACGUUAAGCCAACACUUGCAAACUUUCUGGCCGCCAACACCAGAAGUGAAAAAGGAAAUAUCCACAAACCCAACCAAGAAAUUGACGAGCAAUUGUUCAAGAAAGGACUAGAACUUAAGUAUGAAGAUGGAUCAAUUCGAAAAAACACGAUGACUGAACUCCCCCUCCUAGCUGAAAACGGGGAGACCGAUAUUAAAAGAUUUAUUCAAAAAUUCCACGAAGAGUCAGAGACAAAGAGGGGAAGCCUGCAAGAUAACAACACAGAUAAAAAAUCUGAGACGAAACGUGGGAAGGCUAAAUCUCCGGUAUUGGAGGAAGAUUCAAUUCCGGAAGACAUCCGAUUGAAACGCGAAAAGAAAAAAAAGUGGGAGGCCUCCCUUACACGAUUUGAUAGAUUCGAGAAGAUGAAAAGACGCCCGGGAAAGGUUGAAUUUCCUGUGGAAGGACAUUUUCCACAAGAUACGGCGCGAAAUCCGAAUGUCCCAAUCGAAGAAAAUAUCACAGUGGAGGCCCCCUCGGCCGAUGAGAGCACGAAACUUGAAGCAGGAAGUCUGAAGGGUGGCACUUCUAGCGUGAAUGCGAGUAAGCAGGGGGUAACACUACUAUCAAAAGACACGGUUGACCCUAGCAUGCAAGGAACAGGUGAAAAUUCAAAGAAAACCCUCCAAGACCAAGAGAUGGCUGGUGGUCUCGAGACUAAAAUUAUCAAUCAUGAUGGGAGCGAAGCACUUCCUGGCUCCAAUAAAGAAAUUCACACAGAAAGCGCCUCAAAUCAAGACCAAACUGCCAAAGCUUUACUCCAUCUUGCUGCGUCUUCUUCCCGCCCCCGCAAUCUUGCCAAAAAGAAGGGCGAUCAGACAGAGGAAGAGAAUAUCCUCCGCCUAAUUGAGUAUAGAAAGAAUCACAUCGAACCAAACAAGCCGGCUCCUCGUCGCCCACUCUAUUUCAAAAAGAAUUAUGUGUUGGAUGAAAAAUCUCUUGAGGAAUCAUUUGAAGAAUACAAAUUGUCUUUGAAAUCAGAAAAUCCUCGAACUAAAUCACCAACAUCCUUGAUGGUACCCUUAAAAAUUGACGAGCGUAUCUUACCUAAGAAACUUGCAUUGGUCUUCGAUGCAUUGAACCAUAAAAUAAAACAUGAUGCUGUACAAGCAAUCAAGCCACUACGCUUGAACCAGUUUUCAAAAUCAACAGUCAAAGCUUUCUGCGAAUUAUGGGGAGAGCAGACGGUUUUGGAGUGGAAUGAACAGAAUCUGGACAUAAGCUUGAUGGCUCGAUUGGCUCUAGAAUUGAACUUAGAUAAUAAGACCCCUCAUUUUGGGAUUUCGCCAUCCUCCCAGCUGAUUGAAUUGUAUGAGAGAUUCAGAGCCAAUUUCCUCAAUUCCAAGUUCAAGUUUCAUCAAGUCGAAUCGUCCUUUACGAAAGUGCUCGGCAAAGCGGAGAGUAACAGACGAUUUAUUGCAUUUUUCCGUUGCUUACAAGACGAGACUAGCACACGAAAUUGGAUAUUUGUCAAGAAAAAACUGAUGAAUGAGAAUAUCAUGAAAGAAUCUGACGCGGCAUGUUUCGAGAAAAGGCUCGGGCUUUCAACAGAUUCGGUAUCGACUAUCAAUCUCCCAAGUGAACCAGGAUUUCUCAACAUGAAAGGCCCCUUCGCACAUUCCACAAAGUUCAUCGCCGAGACCAUGGCGUGCGUAUAUGGUCAAUUUGAAGGAAAAAGAAAGCUGGAAUUGAAUAACUACCUUCAAAAUCGACUCUAUCGUCCCCGUUGGUGGGAAUCACUCGGCCUAGAAGAAGACAGCAAAAAAUAUGGGCUCGACCUUUUCUCGAUUUUAAAAGUGGGAGAUUCACUUCAAUUCGGUUCCAAUUAUUUCCUAAGAGGAGCCAAAGCUACCGUCGCGAUUGACAUGGCCUUCCGGGUGAUUAUCAAUGUGAUGCAUCGCGAUGAUACCCAUCUACCUUGGAUGGAAUCUCCUGAGCGGGCCUGGCUUCACAAGGCCUCUGGAGGCUUAUACCAGGAUCGACUGCGGGUGCUCAAUGGACUGAGCCCAAUGCUGCUAACGGAGCAACCCAAACCAACUUUGUUCAGUUAG